UUCCCAUUGCGCCGCACGCGCGCGCAGGUGCGUGAGGCCGCGCCCGCCGGGGACCCUGCAGUCGCGGGCCCGCCAUGGAGCACAUCCGCACGCCUAAGGUUGAAAAUGUCCGCUUGGUAGAUCGAGUGUCCUGUAAAAAAGCAGCACUGGGGACUUUAUAUUUGACGGCUACUCAUGUCAUAUUCGUGGAAAAUUCACCCGACACGAGGAAAGAAACCUGGAUUCUGCACAGUCAGAUCUCCACCAUUGAAAAGCAGGCAACGACGGCUACUGGCUGUCCUCUGCUUAUUCGCUGCAAGAACUUUCAGAUUGUACAACUUGUCAUACCACAGGAGAGAGACUGCCAUGACGUCUACAUCUCUCUGAUGCGCCUUGCACGGCCAGUGAAAUACGAGGAGUUAUACUGCUUUUCCUUCAAUCCCAAGCUGGAUAAGGAAGAAAGAGAACAGGGCUGGUUGCUGAUUGAUCUUAGUGAAGAAUACGAGAGAAUGGGCCUCCCCGAUAACUAUUGGCAGCUCAGCGAUGUGAAUAGAGACUACAGAGUUUGUGACUCUUACCCCACGGAUCUGUACGUUCCCAAAUCAGCCACAGCACAUAUCAUCGUGGGCAGUUCCAAGUUCCGGAGCAGACGGCGGUUUCCUGCCCUCUCCUACUACUGUAAAGAAAGCCAUGCCUCCAUCUGCAGGAGCAGCCAGCCCCUUUCUGGCUUCAGCGCUCGGUGUCUGGAGGACGAACAGAUGCUCCAAGCCAUCAGGAAAGCCAAUCCCGGAAGUGACUUCAUUUAUGUUGUGGACACGCGGCCCAAACUUAAUGCAAUGGCCAAUCGUGCUGCAGGGAAAGGCUAUGAAAAUGAAGACAAUUAUUCCAAUAUCAAGUUUCAGUUUAUCGGGAUAGAGAACAUCCAUGUCAUGAGGAACAGUCUUCAGAAAAUGCUGGAAGUGUGUGAACUUAAGUCUCCCUCUAUGAGUGAUUUCCUGUGGGGGCUAGAGAACUCAGGCUGGCUACGGCACAUCAAAGCCAUCAUGGAUGCAGGGAUCUUCAUUGCAAAGGCAGUUUCAGAGGAAGGGGCAAGUGUGCUUGUCCACUGUUCUGACGGCUGGGACAGGACUGCCCAGGUGUGCUCGGUGGCAAGCCUGCUGCUGGACCCUUACUAUCGGACUGUGAAGGGCUUCAUGGUAUUAAUUGAAAAGGACUGGAUUGCCUUUGGACAUAAAUUUAAUCAUAGAUAUGGAAAUUUAGAUGGUGACCCAAAAGAAAUCUCUCCGGUGAUCGACCAGUUCAUUGAGUGUGUCUGGCAGUUGACAGAGCUGUUCCCGUGCGCCUUUGAGUUCAACGAGCGGUUUUUGAUUCACAUUCAGCACCAUGUCUACUCCUGUCAGUUCGGAAACUUCCUCUGCAACAGCCAGAAGGAGAGACGAGAACUCAAGAUUCAAGAAAGAACCUACUCUUUGUGGUCACACCUAUGGAAGAAUCGGGCUGACUACCUCAAUCCUCUGUUUAGAGCUGACCACAGUCAGAUGCAGGGGAGCCUUCAUCUGCCUACAGCUCCAUGCAACUUCACAUAUAAGUUUUGGAGUGGAAUGUAUAACCGCUUUGAAAAGGGGUUGCACCCUCGCCAGUCUGUCACAGAUUACCUCAUGGCCGUGAAGGAGGAGUCCCAGCAGCUGGAGGAAGAACUCGAGGCCCUACAAGGAAGGCUGGAAAAGAUUCAGGAAGUUCACUUCAAUGGCACCAAAGUGAAGGGUAAGCACAGUGAACCCAGCAAACCCUCGGGAUUUUCUACCUCAGACAACAGCACAGCCAACACUCCUCAGGAUUACAGUGGAAACAUGAAGUCCUUCCCGUCCAGGAGCCCUUCCCAGGGUGAUGAAGAUUCUGCUCUGAUCCUAACCCAAGACAAUUUGAAAAGCUCAGAUCCUGAUCUGUCAGUGAAUAGCGACCAAGAGUCUGGGGUGGAGGAUUUGAGCUGCCGAUCUCCAAGUGGUGGUGAGCAUGCACCCAGCGAAGACAGCGGCAAGGACCGGGACUCUGACGAAGCUGUGUUUCUCACUGCUUGAAGUUUCGCUUUGGAGUUCCAAAGUAAAAGACAAAGAAACACUCCCAAAUUAAGGGGACAGUGCAAUCAGUGCAAUUCAUAAUAAAAAAAAAAUCUCAAGAAAUGGCACGUUCCAUUAAGAACCAUAAAAUAAGCUAUGAAAAUAAAAAAAAUAUAUAGUCUCUCAAUAGCCAGUUCUUUUAUCAAAUCAGAAGAGUGUUCACCAUUCCCGAGGCUCAUGGUAGACUAUGAAAAAGCAUACCAUCAUCACCAGAGGUGGUCCAUACACGUUUUCCCUGGCAUAGCAUGUAUCUACUCAGAAAGCCCUCCUCUCCUUUCUCUCCACCUGUUAAUGGUUUAGAAUUAUCACUUCCAGAUUCAGUUUUCUGAAACAUUUGACAUUUCAUUCUGCCUUUACCAAUAUUUUUAAAAAUAAGCAUUGAAAAUAGUCUUUUUUGUUAAUAAAUAUAUUCCUAAAUAGCUGUGGAAUUAAUAUUUCAGGUAGGAUAAUUAUUUUAACAUCUAAUUAGAUACUAUUUUAAAUUCUAUUGCUCCCUCUGGAGUAUCUUCUGCUUUUAUCACUUAGAAGUGCUAACAUGUGUGUUUUCUUUUUAAACAUGGAUGUAGUAUCUCAUAAAGCAGAAGUCUCACUCACUUUCUCUAUCUCAAAUAUGAAUCCAGAUAUCAGCUCGCAGCAACUCUAGCAACCUUUUAUUAUUUCAGAGACUGUGCCUGCCAAAACUGUGUGGGCCACCACCAACCUGAUUCUAAAUGACAACACUGUGAACUUCGUAGGCAGUCAUACAUCAGCAAGGGAAACUAGUGAGGAACUAGGGAAUUGCGUGUCUUAGUUACUUUUCUCUUGUGGUAAGACGCCACAACCAAGGCAACUAGAAGAAAAAAUUUAUUUUGGGCUUACAAUUUGAGGGGUUUAGAAUCCGUGAUCAUCAUGGCAGAGGGAUACAGCACAGGCAAGCAGGUAUGGCACUGGAGCAGUAGCUGACAGCUCACAUCUUGAAACAACCCAGAGGCAGUGAGAGCCAACUGGAAAUGGUGUGGGCUUUUCAAAAUAAAAAGCCAGCUCACAGUGACAUACUCCCAACAAGACCACACCUCCUAAAUCCUUCCCAAACAGUUCCAUCAACUGGGAACUGACCAUUCAAAUAUAAGCCUCUGGAGCCAUUCUUCAACCCCCUACAUCAUGUCCAUGGAGUAAAGGUUAUAGUUAUAGUGCUGGUCACUUUACAAAUGACAUAGCACAUUAAUGUUUCCAGUAACAUUAGCAGUAUCUUAUGACCGUUGACUGAUGAAUGCCAUUUCUGAAGUUUCUGUUAAAAUGCACGUUUAGAACAAUCAUUCCCAUCUCAUACUUAAAAACAGGAUUUGAAUUGAACUUUUGAUAGGAAGACUCUUAAUGGAGAAAUGUUGCUGUUUGAAGACACUGAAAUGUUAUUGUAUGAUUUUACAAUAUUAGUACAUUCUAAUAAAGAGAUAAAUUUAAUCUUAGUUUUUAUAACAGUAUUUUAAAAUGUGAAAAUUUAUAUCAGAUACUGAUAUAUUCAAUUUUGUGGAAAUAGAAACACAUUAAUAAGAAAGGACAAGAGACUGCGCAAACCUCUAGUCUGACUUAUACAUACAUCACAUAAUGUAAUACAGGAUAAUAGUGUUCACACUUAAAAGAUGAUUUUAAUAUACUAAAGGCCUGUAAUAUAAAAAUAUUGUUAAUAUAAAAAUAAAGUAAGUAUAAUACUUUUAGAUGUUAAAUCUGAGCAUUUUUUCUGUUGAGAAGUUCCCCAAUCACACGUAAGGAAUAUUUAUUCAUUUUUAUAGUCUUACUUAAUAGUCUAAUAGCUAAUAAACACAUUGAUAUGGU